GCUGGUCACUGUAGCUAGGAUACUGAAUUAGUCUAGGUGACUGACCCUCACAGAAGAAUGGGAGAAAAUAUGACACCUUCUGCAGGAGACUAUUCUGCCGUGGGAAGGCUGUGAAGCAGACACACACAGCACAGUGGGUGGAACCAGCAAACAUCAUGUCAACUGGAGCACUGAGGCAGACACAGAAGGACAAGGGCUGAGCAUUCUGUCUCAUGCGUAAAAGCUGUAAAAUGUAGAUGUAAAGGUAGAUGAGAGUUGAAGAGUAAUUGGCUAGAGGCUUGGAAGAACAACUGGGAAGAGAGACAGGGAGAUUAAUAACAGAUACCGAGAUCCAUCGAGAUGGUAGGAAAAAAUUCUCAUCUUCUGCAGCACAGGCAGGGAUUAUAAUUCACAAUAACCUGGUAUAUAUUUGGAGACCUAUACUAGAAGACAGACGCUUGAAGCUUCCAAGAGAGGUUAAAGGCAAAUACUAAUUACUGAUUUUAUCUAUAUACUGUGGUCUUGUGGUGAGGUAUCACUGCCCCUUACAUAUAUGCAGUUAUUACAUGUAAGCUAAAGUAUGAAUGGCCUAUUCUAGAAUAUGAGUUGAACCCAGGGCAAAUUCUGUGUUCCCAAACCUUCUCUUCUGUGAAUACUCUUCAUCAGAAGCAAGUUUUCAGAACCAUUCAUAGAGAAGCCCUCAAGAUGCAAAAGCUUUUCAAGUUUAUUGCCACUUUGCAGAUACAAAUUUAGAGGCUGGAGCCACUUGGUGAUUAAGACCACUUGAUGCUCUUGACCCGGGUUCAGUUCCAAGCACCUACAGGGUGGCUCACCUACCUGUGAUGUGGUGUCAAGUCCAGAGAAUCAACAGCCUCGUCUGGCCUCUCCUAACUCCACUCAUUUGGUGGACAUACACACGUGUAGGCAAAAUACACACUUGGGGAUAAUACAAGGGUCAUCCAGCACUUGUGAAAGCUCUAUCCUGCUUAUAUGGAAAGGUUUAUCAACGUCAAAUUGAUCCAAACGAAGAAAUCCUUGUGACCGUGGGGGGAUAUGGGUCUCUCUUUAACUCCAUCCAAGGACUGGUGGACCCAGGAGAUGAAGUGAUAAUUAUGGUGCCUUUUUACGACUGUUACGAGCCCAUGGUGAGAAUGGCCGGAGCAGUGCCUGUGUUUAUUCCUCUGAGAUCUAAACCUACUGAUGGGAUGAAGUGGACUAGCUCUGACUGGACAUUCGAUCCUCGAGAACUGGAAAGUAAAUUCAGUUCCAAAACAAAAGCCAUUAUAUUAAAUACUCCACACAACCCCAUCGGCAAGGUGUAUACCAGAGAGGAGCUGCAGGUCAUUGCUGACCUCUGCAUCAAGCACGACACUCUGUGCAUCAGCGAUGAGGUUUAUGAAUGGCUUGUCUAUACUGGACAUAAGCACAUGAAAAUAGCCACUCUUCCAGGUAUGUGGGAGAGAACAAUAACAAUAGGAAGUGCUGGCAAGACAUUCAGUGUGACCGGCUGGAAGCUCGGCUGGAGCGUUGGCCCUGGUCCCCUGAUAAAACAUUUACAGACUGUUCAGCAGAACAGUGUUUACACUUGUGCAACUCCUUUACAGGCAGCCUUGGCUGAGGCGUUUUGGAUCGAUAUCAAGCGCAUGGAUGACCCAGAGUGUUACUUCAAUUCUCUGCCAAAGGAAUUAGAAGUAAAGAGAGAUCGGAUGGUCCGUUUACUUAACAGCGUUGGCCUGAAACCCAUUGUCCCAGACGGGGGUUACUUCAUCAUUGCUGAUGUGUCUUCAUUAGGUGCUGACCUCUCUGACAUGGACAGUGAUGAGCCUUAUGACUAUAAGUUUGUGAAGUGGAUGACGAAACAUAAGAGACUGUCAGCCAUUCCUGUUUCCGCAUUCUGCGACUCCAAGUCUAAACCACACUUUGAGAAGUUGGUGCGGUUUUGCUUUAUUAAAAAAGACAGCACACUGGAUGCUGCUGAAGAAAUCUUCAGGGCCUGGAACAGCCAGAAGCCUUGACUGGGUCCAUCUUCUUGCAAGGACUUGCUGCUCAGUGCUGCCACCUCGUGGGCACUAUAAAGAAACACGGUUCAGGACAGACAUUUAAAUAAAUAUUUCCAUUGUCUUCAAAGUUAACCACAUUUCUAACCAUGUCCGGUACAUUCUGGUUUUAUUCGUUUGGAAUACAUUAAGGCACUGUAGUUGUGGGAGAGUCAA